AUGGCCGACCAAACCGCCGCCGCCUCCUACGUGGACCAAACUCCCAUCGACAAGCUCGAGCGCCGCAAUUCACUGGAGAAGCAUCUCGCUCUACGACCCGAAGAGCAAGAUCUCAAGAACCGGCAUAUCCUCCUAGAUACUACAGCUGCUCCGGCCUUGCAGGCGAAACAGGCUGAGCUGGAAAGGCAGCGGAUUACGGAUAAUUUGAAGAAGGGCCUCUCAAAACGACCAGAGAAAGACGAGCUAGUUGACCGCAAUAUCCUUGCCGACAGCACGGCGGCACCCGCGCUGCAGGAGAAGCAGAGGGAGUUGGAGAAGCAUAUGAGGGCCAAUAGUCUGGAGAAGCAAUUGCAGGGUCGGCCGGGGAAGGAGGAGUUGGUCAAGGGUGGGAUUCUGAAUGUGAACGAGGAUCAUGUGGUGCAGGACUGA